AUGUCACCAGACAAAGACCUCAGUCUGGCCAUCGUUGGCGGUGGUAUCGGUGGCCUCUGUCUGGCCCUAUACAUCACAACUCACACGAAAAUCCCGGUCACUGUGUAUGAGAAUGCUCCAAAAUUCGGCGAGAUAGGAGCCGGUGUCGCCUUCGGACCAAAUGCAGUACGAGCAAUUACGAAGAUAUCGGAGCCACUGGCGGCUGCAGUUGAAGCUCGGGCGAACAGAAACAUUUUCGCAGACAAGGAAAACAUCUGGUUCGACUUUAGAGUCGGGAUGGACAGCGCCGAUGAGACCGCCAGAGCCCGUGGUGUCGUUGCCGGGACGUACCUCUGCUCUGUGGAGCAUCCCGAACCAGGAAGCUGGAUGGUGAAUCGCUCGCAUCUUGUUGAUGAGAUAGCCAAGCUCCUUCCGACUGGAAUAGCGCAAUUCAGCAAGGCUUUACACGGUAUAGACGACCUUGGAGACAAUGGUGUCCUUUUGAAGUUUGGGGAUGGGACGUCAGCGAGGCAUAGUGCCGUCAUCGGAUGCGACGGGAUCAAGAGUCAAACCCGACGCAUCAUGCUUGGAGAAGAUCAUCCCGCCACCAAUCCCUCUUAUACCGGCAAAUACUGCUACAGAGGAAUGGUUCCGAUGGACAAAGCUGUGGAGCUUCUAGGCGAGGAGAAGGCGAAGAACUGCCAAGCAUAUCUAGGGUAUCACGGCCACAUGCUCACCUUUCCCGUUGCUGGUGGUAGAAUGAUGAAUGUGGUCGCCUUUCAGUCGUCAAAGGAAUGGCCUCACAAGACGAUGGUCAUCCCGGCAACCAAGGAACAGAUGCUGCAGAGUUUCAGCACAUGGGGUCCGGAUGUACUCAACAUUGUUCGACUUAUGGGCCAAUCAGGUAUUUGGGCGCUCUUCGAUCUUUCGCCUAUGGAGAAUUACCACAAGGGCAGGAUUUGUCUCCUCGGAGACGCUGCGCACGCUUCAACACCCUUUCAAGGAGCCGGUGCAGGUAUGGCCGUGGAGGAUGCCUAUGUUCUCGGAAGGCUCCUCCACAAUGUCCAGCAAGCACAGGGUCUGCCUGGCGUUUUCAAAUCCUUCAGUCGAGCUCGAGUUGAACGCACGCAAAAUCUCGUUGCUACAAGCCGAGAAGCUGGUCACUUGUGGCACUUUGAAGCUGAGGAGGAUGACCUUGUGAAGAUCACGGAGAUUAUGAAAAACAGGAUGAGUUGGAUUUGGGACAAGAACCUUGAUGAUGACAUUGCGCAGGUUACCACAAAUUCCCAGAGAGCAGAUAUUCAAGACUAG